AUGAGCUGCCCUCAUCUUAGAGAAGUAGAUGAAAAAGUUCAAUAUCUCAACCAAGGCAAAUCAGAUGCAGCAGAUGUGCUAGACAGGUUGGAGUGCAAAUAUAAUAAUUGUGGGGCUGGAGCUCCUGAUGUCUGGAGAUGCUUGUACACUUCACCAAGUUUGACCUGUCAUAUAGAAGUUUGCUCAAGAGACCGAGAAAGGCAUGCAAGAGAGCCUGGACAUACCCUCUUUUUCAAUAUAAGUACCCUUACUUCUUAUUGUUUUGAAUGCAAAAGUGAAUCCAGAGAAAUAACCUUGAGCAGAAUGUUUAAAGUAAUUGCGGAGUCACUUGGCUACGAUAAAAGUAAUCCUAACAAAAAGAAUAAAAGGAUCACUGGAAUGAAAAACUUGGGAAACACUUGCUAUGUGAGCACAGUUCUCCAAUGCAUUUCUAGAAUGCUGCCAAUCCAAACUUAUCUCAGAAAAGACCAAGUUUUGAACCAAAUACUUGAUGAUUCACAAUCCAAUACUUUAAUUUAUCAAUUUAGAGAAAUUCUUAAAGCUAUGUGAAGUGGUCAUAUAGUGAUUUCUCCUGAUAAAUUCAUUAAAUUAAUUCCAUCCCUCAAUCCUGACUAUGCUGAGAGAAAACAAAGGGAUGCUCAAGAAUUCCUACUGCUCUUUUUUGAUAACUUGCGUACCUAUCUCCAAGAGAAAACUGGGAAGAGAUCAAUAAUCUCUGAAGCUACUGAAGGCAUAAUGGUAACAGAAUUCAGAUGCCACAAUUGUGGAUUUGAGCGUAAAAAAGAGGAUAAUUUCGGCAACAUUUCACUAGCAAUACCUCAAGAUAAAAAAGAAAUUGCAAGACUUGCACAAAGAUCAGAGGCUUGAUUAGAAGAUCAAGAUAGAGCUUACUAUUUAUCAAAAAAAGGUUCAUUUUGGAAAAAACUGAGCAGGUAAAUUAUAUUUAGUGAUCAAAUAGUUAAUCUAUAUGAUUGUUUGCUAUUAUUUUUCAGCCCACAAGAUUUGGUAGAUCCAUUUUGUGAAGGGUGCCGUAUAAAACAUCCAUGUGCUCAGCAAUGCAGAAUUAAAGAGUUUCCAGAUAUUUUGAUAAUUAAUUUGAAUAGGGCCAGUUCUUCUGGAUCAAAGAUUUCAAAAGAUGUGAUCACUCCAUUUACACUAAAACUUGACGAAUUUUCUGAAGGCGGUAGUCCAGUUUAUAAUUUAUCCUGCUUAAUUGAGCAUGAUAGUGCUGCAAUGCUAAAAGGGCAUUAUCUUGCCUAUUUCAGAGAUUUUGAUAAUGGAGGAAAAUGAUAUGAGUGUGACGAUAAAUAUGUAAAAGAAUGCAGUGAGGAAAAAGUAAGAGAAGCACAAACUUAUAUUGCUAUAUAUACAAAGUUUCCUGUGAAGCGUCCUAAAAUUAUUGAAAGCGAGUCUGCUGAUAUUUAUAUUCCAAAAGAAUGGGUUAAUAGGUAUUACUCUCUUUCAAACCCAGGCCCAAUAAAUUUCAAUAAAUAUUAUUGUAGUCAUUCAUUUUUAAGUGCAGAUAUACAAGAAAACGAGUUAAUAGGAAUCACUAAUUGGCAAUGGGAAGAACUAAAAGGUGAUGUCGGCUUUAAAGGUGAGCCAAUUGUCUCAAAAAAUCCAUGUGGGCAAUGUUUGGAAGCCAAAAGGAGGCUUGACGAAAGAAUUAAUUUUGAAAGUGCCCUAUAUAAUAGAGUCAAGAAUGGAUCAAAUGGAUUUCCAAGAUUCUUCAUACCAAAGCCUUGGAUAAAAAGCUGGGAAUCGUUUUUAACUAGGAAAUCUUCAAUUGAAGCUCCAAAUCCUCCUGGACAAAUAAGGAAUAAUCAAUACUUUUUCUAUGAAAAUGGCAGCAUGAAAGAUGGGCUGAGGUCUGGAGAAGAUUAUGUCGAUGUCAAUCAAGAAAUUUGGCUCAUUUUAAACCAAGCUUAUAGCUCUGAUAUGGCGAUCAUUAGAAUCAACGGAGAUAUCUACUCAGAUAAUGCUGAAAAGGAUGAAUUAGUUCAUAUAGAUGAUGACACCGAAGAACUAAUAAGUAGAUUAUUUAGUCUCUAA